AUGUCAUCAUCUCUACGUCUGAGGCUGCCAAAAAAUCCUCAGCCAAUUACUACUGAAGUCGAUCUAUCGACACCGUGGGAUAUUUUCCUCUUCAACAUCGCUGAACUAUCGGGUAUCGCGAAGGAACGGCUGCGACUUCUCGCCGGGUUCCCGCCGCAGCCUGUUGGACCCAAAGAUGGUGACAGCAGCAACGCUACCGUAGGGGAUUUUCUUCGAUCCGGAGAGAUGGUAAUAGUACAGGAGGGUCAGGCAACGGUGACCCGUGGGGUGACGGAGGGGCGUUAUGUUCCUCCAACACAUGAGAAAUGGCACUUUACCAGACGCAUUUGCCCUUCGGAUAAUUCUUGUCUGUUUCACGCCGCUGCUUACGUCUUGCUGGAUAAGAGUCGCACGGAUGGACCAAAAUUGCGUGAGGAAUGUGCUGCAUUUGUGUAUAAUAAUCCUCAACUUUUCAGUGAGUUCUUGCUUGAACGACCCAUUCAUGAGUAUGUUGAAUGGAUCCGACGUCCAACUUCAUGGGGUGGAGCCAUUGAAUUAUAUAUAUUAAGCUUAAUGAAGAAGACGGAAAUUGUCGCCCUAGAUUUAGAGUCUUCUCGCAUAGAACGAUUUGGAGAAAAUCAAUACAGUGCUUGUGUCUUUGUUGUUUACACCGGUCGUCACUAUGACGCUAUUGCUAUGAAUGCUAUGUAUAAUUCACCGCGUGAAAAUGAGGAUCAGGUGCUGUUCAACGUUCGGGACGAGUAUGUAAUUGAACGUGCCAAACGUUUUGUGCGGGAGGAGGCGGAACGCAUGAAGGAGUAA